CAGGCAAAACUGCUUACGCCGAGUACGACAUGUUUGCAGUUACGAGCGAGAGGACUAAGUACAAAUUGACUCUUGGAUCAUACUCAGGAACUGCUGGUGAUUCUCUUUCUAUUCAUCGUGGUUCCCCCUUUACCACCAAAGAUCAGGAUAAUGACAUCAAGAUCAGUAAUUGUGCUGUGGAGUUUAAAGGAGCCUGGUGGUACAAGCACUGUCAUCAGUCCAACCUGAACGGUCUGUAUCAUCACGGAAAACACUCAUCAUACGCUGAUGGUGUCAACUGGUAUCACUGGAAAGGACAUCACUACUCCGCCAAGAGAGCUGAGAUGAAAACCAGACCAGUAAAGUUUUAAGAACUCUUCGCCUUUUUUCUCCUUUGUCUACAAAUAAAAGUUUGUAAAUAUGCUCAAAUUACACUGAGAUUAAAUGACAGAG